GAUAUGGCCAAGUGGUGAAUGGAAGGCCCGAUUCUUUGAACGUCUUUCUCUCCUAUUCUGUAAUGAUGAUCUUGAAGGAGGCACUUGUCGGCUAAAUUUCUGCAAGUGUCACUUUCAACAUUUAGUUCUUAUCUAAGGUAAGAAAUUCAAAUUGCCGUCUUGCUGAGAACCUACACAAAGAAGAAACCUGCAAAUAAUCAUAAAUAAAUAAAAGAAAAGAAUAAAAGAAAACAACAUGAUUGAAACCCCGUCAUUCUGGUUGGCAAUCCCUGUGAGAUAUAGCUGUCUGAAUUCCCGAACCAUCACGCACCAGUGCCAGGCGAUGAUGCUUCAUACUUCACUUCUCAGUCCCAUGUUCUUGCUCAAGAAUGGCGAAGGAGCGGAGACUGCCAUCAAUAUAAUACACAACCAGGCCAUUCCAGUCUUCCGGGUCGAUGAGGAGGUCGUCGUGGAAGCCGGCAUCCGAAGUCGUUCCCAGUCUUUUAAGGGCUUGCAUAGAGUGCCCCCGGAUGCUAGUCAGAAGGCCGACCGUCCAGGGCUUGAUAUUAUCGGCAGUUUACCUCGCGAGCAUGGGAAUGCCAACAACGACCUCAGCCUUCCUGCCCAGGAGUACUCACACAUCCAGCGUUAUGUGACGACACAUCGCACACCAUCAACGGAGAACUCCUACACUGAAGUCUCAAGUUGCAACCACCUACACUCUCUUCCGAGCAGCACCAGCACCCGUCUCAAGCAGGCACCCCGACCUGUUCCCGCCAAAACAGGCAGGCAGCGAAACCCUACCCUGUACUACCAGGGAUUAUCGGAAGACAGGGUAUCACACAGUCCCAGGGAUACGACACGGACGGAUACCAGAAAUGAGGGCGAAAUAGACAAACGGACGGAUGAGAUAUACACGGGACCGCAGCAUAUGCUCGCUCGUACAAAGUACACGGCUCGAGAAACCAAGCCACCCUGCUCGAUAUUCACCCUCAGACUUCCAAGCGGAACGGACGGGGAGGACAACGGAUGA